GCACUCUGUAGCUAUAUGUGUGCUCUAUUUGAUGUAGUCACACAUUACUGAUGGUCACAUUCUCAGAGCCUGGAUUACUGUUCAUUGGUUCGGGAUAAAACUCCUGCCUUAGUGGGCAAAAAAAGCCAGACAAACAUUAGAUUUUCUUUUUUUGCUAACACUGAUAUCAAGAUGGGGAACAAGCAGUCUGUUACCAUAACACAACAAAAGGCAGAUCAUAAUGGCAUACAAGGCAAAAAAGAUGAACCAAAUGGCCACAUGAUGUCUGGGUUGGAUUUGACUGAUGCUGUAACCUGUGAGGCAUCAGUGCAGCAGAACACUGAACCUCCUCUGCCUGUGAAGGUCACAAUUAAUGCCAAGUCAACACCAGUAUCAGUAGAAGCUAAUGGCACCCAAGCAAAAGCCCCGGCCGUGUCUGUAGAAGCAGCUGGUACCCAAGUCAGUGCUACAACUGAAUCAACUGAGCAAAAAACUUCAACAGAGUCCAGUACACCAGGCAAAGAUGCACCUAAACAACCGACCACUUCCAGCGUGUUCAAUAAGAUGUUCAAGAAGAAGACCGAGCCUGUUCCUCCUGCAUCUGAGGAGAACCAGGCAGCUGAAGCACUGAUCAUUGCUGCAGUAGAGACCGAGAGGCAGAAGUCUAACUUGCCAGUGUCAGUAGACGCUAACGGUCCCCAAGCAAAAGCAGCUGUAUCUGUAGAAGCAGCUGGUAACCAAGUCAGUGCUACAACUGAAUCAACUGAGCAAAAAAUGACAGCAGACUCCAGUACACCAGGCAAAGAUGCACCUAAACAACCGACCACUUCCAGCGUGUUCAAUAAGAUGUUCAAGAAGAAGACCGAGCCUGUUCCUCCUGCAUCUGAGGAGAACCAGGCAGCUGAAGCACUGAUCAUUGCUGCAGUAGAGACCGAGAGCCAGAAGUCUAAUUCGCCACUGUCAGUAGAAGCUAACGGUCUUCAAGCAAAAGCAGUCAGUGGUACAACUGAAUCAACUAAGCAAAAAAUUACAGCAGAGUCCAGUACACCAGCCAAAGAUGCUCCUAAACAACCGAACACUCCCAGCAUGUUCAAUAAGAUGUUCAAGAAGAAGACCGGGCCUGUUCCUCCUGCAUCUGAGGUGAACACGGCAGCUGAAGCUCUGAUCAUCGCUGCAGUAGAGGCAGAGAGCCAGAAGUCUGAGCCUACAGACAUAAAGGCAAGUACACAGGCUGAGAAAGUGCCACAGGGUGAAGCUUCUAAACCCAGCACCACUGAGGUCACGCAAGACACCACCCAACCUGAGCAGAGCGGCAUCGAGGAAAAGACAGUUAUGAACUUUUUCAAAACUUUUGUGACUUCAACUAAAACGACAAAAGAAGCGACGGCUAGUCCCGAUGUCUCAAAAGAACAGUCAAAGAAAGAAACUCCACCUGCUCCAGCUGCAAAUGUACAGGAAGCAUCAAAGGUCCCCCCUCCUCCACCACCAGCACCACCCAAGAUGGAGAGUAAAGCAGAGCCAGCUGUAAAGAAAGACGAGGCCCCACCCGUAGAAGUAAAAGCCACUGCGGCCAAAGAACAGGAAACCCAGAGCAAGACCAGAACUAAAGACAGUCCAUUCAGCAAACUCUUCCGUACAAAGGCAUUGCUAGGCAAGAAGGGGUCAAAAGGAGCCAGUGUGCCUGCCAAGACAUCAUCAGCGUCUGUGGUGAUAGAGGAAGCAAAGCCAGUCGAGAUACAGGUAGAUGCAUCCAAGACCAGCACCCUUGAGGCCGGUGCCAAAGCGGAACCUCCACCAGCACCCAAGCCAGAAGAGAAGAAAGCAGACAAGAAACCCUCACCUUUUGCCAACUUGCUCAAACCAAAGGUACUGCUAGGCCAAGUGAGCUCUAAGAUCCAUGCAGCUGCAUCGAGCGCCGCAGCCGGCAUAUCCCUCACUGCUGGAGGAGCGGCAACAGAGCCCAAGAAGGAAGCCUCUGCAACCGCCACUGCACCUGCAGAGGCUGCCCAAAGCACCAAGGCCAAAGAAGAGCCCAAACCAGCUGCUCCUGCUGCUCCUGCUGCAGCCUCUCCAGACAGCAAACCGGUGGGAAGUUCAGAUAAUUCUUCACCCAGCACUACCCGCAAACUAGAGAAGAGGAACUCCAUCCAACUUUUCUUUAAAAACUUGGGUCAAAAACGCCACUCUGAUGCCGGAGUGCAAACGGAGCCCGCGGCACCGGAGAAGGCCAAAUAAAAGCCUUGCUUUGGUUGCGAUGUCUACACAGAAAACACGCGUUGCUUGUACAUAGGUAUCCUUAUCUGAAUGUCCUGACCAGACACCAGGGAUUAAUUCCUGUUUAAUCUCCACUACUGAGGUGAACUGAGAACUAAAGUAUCAUAAACAUAGCCAUUCCAAUGAUUCAUUCCCAUUGCCCAAGACUUGGGUUGACCUUAAACACUACAAACAUCACAAAAGAAAUGGUUUUAAAGGUUUGCACGAUGUAUGUUGAAAUGCUAUAGAAAGGCUUAAGGCUUUGCACGUUUUGCAAGAUUUUUAAAGAUGGAGGAGAGCUGAAAAAAGGAUUAUGCAACAGUAUAAUGACAUGCUGUUCCUCUUAACAGCAAGAACAUGACUCUACACUGUCACUCUUUAACUCCUCGAUACGGUCUUUAUCACAUGCAGGAUGUAUUACAACCCCUGUCUUGUUUCCAGCUUCUGUAUUUUCUGUUUGUUUGUUUUUUUGUUUUUUUUAAUGGAACAUCUGAUUUUUUGCACAAUACGUUUGUGCACAGUAAUCAUUCAUACAGCUGUAAAAACAAUCUGCAAAGACUUAGUCCAUUAAGGCGUCUCAUCGAAAACCUCCAGUGUCACUCACUUGUUGUUUCGUGGUAAAAGUACUUAAAAUGUUAGCUCUUGAUACAUUCAGACCCAUUGCCCAUUAUUUCUAGUAUUUCCUAGUAUUUCCUGCUAACGCAUAUUUUACUAACAUGUUAUCAUGUCACACUAUCGCAUACAGGCUUAAUUAUUGAAUAGGUUAGUUAUUAGCUUUUCAAAACGGCCACUCCUUUGUUUUUUGUUCUUUUUUUUUUUGGGACUACUGAAAACAUAUGCUAUGUAUAACCAAGCCUUGACUAACUAUAUGGAAUAUAUUGAAAUAAGCACACUGUUCAUAUGGGGGAAAAAAUCCAUCUGGUUUCUCUUACUCUCUCAUACUGAAUUCUCACUAGCUUUAGGUGGAUCCAGUUGAAUUGCUUUCUGUGAAAUGGUAUAGAGUAGGAGAAUUUCCGUCUGCUCUUGCUGCAAGAGAACCUGUCCCGAUUUCACAUGUUCGGAAUUUUCAUUUUAUUCUGAAUUUGAGACACAUACUUUUUUUUUUUUUUUUGCUUGUAAUCAACUAAUGUCAAAAAAAAAUGAAAUCUUCUGUCUCUGUCAUUGUAAUUAUGCAGUCUUUGUUAAUAAAAAUGUAAGGGUACAACAAGGCAAAGACAUUUUUUCAUGCAUGUC